AUGUCUGGAUUGUCGGAUGACAAGGAAUGUUCUCCAUAUGCAGCUCACUUGUACGAUGCCGAGGAUCCUUCCACCCCUGUGCGGACGAUACCAGGACUUUGCCAAGACUAUUGCCUGGAAGUGUGGCAAAAAUGCCGCUCCAUUUUUCGCUAUCUCUCUGCAGACCAAGAGUUAAUUGCACUGGAGAACAACAUGGCAAAGUUCUGCCGCUACCUGUCCUUGGAGGACACAGACUACUGUUUUCCACACCUCCUGACUAACCAGAACCUUAACCAAAACCUGGGGUUAGUGACCGCUGACACAGAGGGCUGUCUCCAGCUCUGCCUCAUGGAGGUUGCCAACGGGCUGCGCAAUCCCGUUGCGAUGGUGCACGCCAACGAUGGCACCCACAGGUUCUUCAUUGCGGAGCAGGUUGGGCUGGUGUGGACCUACCUCCCCGAUCGAUCCAGGCUCGAAAAGCCAUUUCUGAACAUCAGCGAAGCUGUGCUUACCUCACCUUGGGAAGGAGACGAGAGAGGUUUUCUAGGUAUUGUCUUCCAUCCUAAAUUCAAAUUUAAUGGUAAAGUGUAUGUCUACUAUUCAGUUGAAGUUCGUUAUGAAGAGAGAAUCCGAAUCAGUGAGUUCAGAAUUUCUCCUGCUGACAUGAAUGCUUUGGACCAUGGUUCUGAAAGGAUAAUCCUGGAAAUAGAAGAACCUGCUUCCAACCAUAAUGGAGGAGAGCUGCUCUUUGGAGAUGAUGGGUAUCUCUAUAUAUUUACUGGAGAUGGAGGCAUGGCUGGGGAUCCUUUUGGGACCUUUGGAAACGCCCAGAACAA